ACAAAAGGUCGGCGGGCGGGCAGGAUCUCACUGCGCGUCCCUUCCCCACCUCCGCCCACCCGCACCCCGCCGCGUAAAGCAGGGUCUCUUGGUUACCCUUCUUGCAUAUCCUACACAGCAGUCUUCGCCCCGCAUCCGCCAUCGACCUCCACGCGGCCUCUUCCCACCCAACCCCGGCAGCCAUCUCCCUUCUCUUCAAUCAACACCACAACAUCGCCAUGGGCUCCACCAAGACCUUUGCCUCUCUCGAAAUCAUGACCCCGCUCUCAGUCUCGCGCGCCCUCCUCAACACCAGCAUACCCACCCUCCUCUUCCUCGCGCUAUCCACCGCCCUGCUCUACUCCAUCGCUUAUGCAGUCUAUCAGUUAGUCUUCUCGCCCCUCUCUGCGCUUCCCGGUCCCUGGUAUGCCGCCAUUUCCGACUUCUGGCUCACCACCCACGUCGUUCGCCUGCAACAAUGCCGAACCGUCCAGGCACUCUUCGACCUGUACGGACCCGUCGUCCGUGUCGGUCCUAACAAAGUCAUAUUCUGCGACGCCACCACCAUGCGCAGCGUCUACUGUGUGCACAAAUUCGACAAGAGUACGUACUACAAAAGCCUUUUGACGAAUAACAAUGACCAUGCCAUGACGACACUUCCCCAUGCCGAGCACGCUGUCCGCCGCAAGGCAUACUCGUCGCACUACAUUCCUUCGAACCUCGCUCUCUUUCAGGAUGAGUUGCAAGACCUUUGCCUAGAUCUGGUCGACAUUCUUGGUACCCCCGGUAACACGCCCAUUGACUGCUUGGACUUGUUCCGCCACCUCAUGGUAGACAUUAUCGGGACGACUGUCUUCGGACGCUUCCCCGGCUCUCUAAACAACUGGGCAAAGAACAUCCAGGACCCGCUGGCCACGGCUGUGUAUGAUUUUCCCAAGCGGGGCAUUAUGCGUAGCGCCGUGCCUACCUGGGCAUGGAACCUUGUUUGUCGUAUUCCCAAUAACCGCUUGCGCCAGAUAUGCGACUCGGACAGGAUCAUGGCACAGUUCGUGGCUGGUCACUUGUACGAGAUGCGGGCCAAGAUGCAGGCAGGUCCUGUCGAUGGGCAGGCGGAUGUCGAGAAGUUCCCGCUACUCCAACGCAUGUUGCUUCACCGAGUCUUCGCUACGAAUGAAUCGCUGCCAGACAAGGAUAUCAUUUCCGAGUGUAUGGGCCACUUGGUCGCAGGGGUUGACACUUCCUCCACAACGCUUUCCUACCUUCUAUGGGAGCUUAGCCGCCGCACCGACAUCGCGAGGCGCCUCCAAGCCGAGCUCGAUGAGGUCAUGCCCGACAGAGCCGUUAUCCCCGACGCUGUUACGCUCACGAAGUUGCCAUAUCUGAACGCCUUCAUUAAGGAAGGCCUUCGCCUUUACGGCGCCGCGCCCUCGCUUCUGGAGCGUGUUGUCCCCUCGACCUCUCCUUCUGGCCUCGACGACGCCUUCGAUCUCAUGGGCUAUGCGGUUCCACCUGGUACUAUUGUCUCGACCCAGGCUUGGAGCAUGCACCGCGACGCGAGCGUGUUCCCCAGCUCGGAGACUUUCCUACCUGAAAGGUGGCUCGCCGUUGAGGGCGUCGACGGCGAGGAGGAAAGGCUCGCCGAUAUGACACAGAACAUGAUGCCGUUCGGCGUCGGCAGCAGGAUUUGUGGCGGUCAAAAUCUCGCUCAACUUGUCAUGCGCAUGGCCGUAGCCGCGGUAGCCAGGAAUCUCGACGUUGCCGCAGAUGUCACCCAGACGAACGAGAGGAGCAUGGAGAUGCGCGAUGCCUUCGUGCUCUUCCCUGCUGCAAAGGAGUGCAAGCUCAUGUUCAACGCGCGCAAGAACUGAAUGAAGACAGAUCCCGACAACUCAACGACGCGAAGACCUUCACCCCUCGAAUUUCCGUACACUACACCUGUUGUAAUAUUCUGAGCACGAUCACUUUCCACUUCCCCAGUUGACUUUCUGUCCCUUGUUGAUCGACUUGUUGUCCAUUCGCUGUGUCGCUUUCGGUCUAAUUGCUGUCUUUCAACUGUCCUUUAAUGUUUUAUCUCCGACGGUGACGAGUAGUUUAGGGCGAUCCGGACGAUAGUAGUAGCAUUUGUAUUCGGGGAGGACGAUCACGGAUACCUGAGGGGGCGAGAACCGAGUAACUUACGAAACGGUUGAAUACGUUAGCGACGCGUCGAAUAGACCUUACUUAUGUGUCAUCGUUGUAGAGUCCUCCAUCUCAUGUCAUUGACGCUGAAGCUGAAGUCUUCAUCCAACGUUGACGAUAUGAAUUUCUCCUGUUCACACCAUCCUCAUGAACUCAGG